ACCUCCUGGGUGACGCCUCCGGUGACGUCCUGGCUUCCAGCUCCAAGUUCACGUUUUGCUGGGCACAGAAGGCCUAGAUCCAUGAAGGUAGAAAGUCAUGGCUCGGACUGCCACCACUUCGAGAAGUCAGCGUUAAGUGCAAUGAGAUCAUUCGGAAGUCCAGAUCCAGGACCCGUGAGCUCUUUUAGGGGGUGUGGCGGCGCUGAUGGCAUCCUAGCCUCCGAACGCUAGGUGGCGCCGUGAACUCCGUGGGCGGUGGGGGGGGGGCUCUUGGGAGCUGGAAGUUCGUUGCGCAAGCGCACUUUAGGCUUUUUCCUGUGGCCCCACGUGUGAACCUUUCCGGCAAAGUUUUCCGGGAAAAUGCCCAAAUUCAAGACGGCUCGCGGAGCCGCAGGUCAGGAAAAACAUGCGCCCCUGGCUGAGCAGAUCCUGGCUGGGGACGCGGUGCGAGCAGGGUCCCGGGAAAAGCGGCGGGGUCGCGGGACCGGAGAAGAGGAAGAGUACGUGGGGCCCAGGCUGACCCGACGGAUUUUGCAACAAGCGCGGCAGCAGCAGGAGGAGCUGGAGGCCGAGCAUGGGACUGGGGACAAGCCCGCAGCACCACGGGAGCGCACCACGCGGCUGGGUCCAGGGGUCCCGCGGGAUGGAUCAGAUGACGAGGACGAGGAGUGGCCCACCCUGGAGAAGGCUGCCACAAUGACAGGGGCAGGCCAUCAUGCAGAAGUGGUUGUGGACCCUGAGGAUGAGCGUGCCAUCGAGAUGUUCAUGAACAAGAACCCUCCUGCCAGGCGCACCCUGGCUGACAUCAUCAUGGAGAAGCUGACCGAGAAGCAGACGGAAGUUGAGACGGUCAUGUCAGAGGUGUCAGGCUUUCCUAUGCCGCAGCUGGACCCCCGAGUCCUGGAAGUCUACAGAGGGGUCCGGGAGGUGUUAUCUAAGUACCGCAGUGGGAAGCUGCCCAAGGCCUUCAAGAUCAUCCCUGCACUCUCCAACUGGGAGCAGAUCCUCUACGUUACAGACCCUGAGGCCUGGACAGCAGCCGCCAUGUACCAAGCCACCAGGAUUUUUGCCUCUAACCUCAAGGAACGCAUGGCCCAGCGCUUCUACAAUCUUGUCCUGCUCCCCCGGGUACGAGAUGACAUCGCUGAAUACAAACGACUCAACUUCCACCUCUACAUGGCACUCAAGAAGGCCCUGUUCAAGCCCGGAGCCUGGUUUAAAGGGAUCCUGAUCCCACUGUGUGAGUCUGGCACCUGUACCCUCCGGGAAGCCAUCAUCGUGGGUAGCAUCAUCACCAAAUGCUCCAUCCCUGUGUUGCACUCCAGUGCAGCCAUGCUGAAAAUUGCCGAGAUGGAAUACAGCGGUGCCAACAGCAUCUUCCUUCGGCUGCUGCUGGAUAAGAAGUACGCACUGCCCUACCGGGUGCUAGACGCCCUGGUCUUCCACUUCCUGGGCUUCCGGACAGAGAGGCGCGAACUGCCCGUGCUCUGGCACCAGUGCCUCCUGACUUUGGUCCAGCGCUACAAGGCAGACCUGGCCACAGAUCAGAAGGAGGCCCUCUUGGAACUGCUCCGGCUGCAGCCCCAUCCACAGCUGUCCCCUGAGAUCAGGCGUGAACUUCAGAGUGCAGUGCCCCGAGACGUGGAAGACGUUCCUGUCACCAUGGAGUGAGGAAAGUUACUCGCCCUGGUCUGAGGGGCAUGGGGGGGGGACACCAGGAUCCCUGCUGGGGACACUGAGAUUUUACAGCUGAAGUCCCAGAUCAGGGCAGGGAGAGAGGUCCCAGGCAUCUGCGGCUCCCUGUACCUGACAGGGAGGAUUAAGGGUCUGGCUGGGCCCUUCUUCCAUCCUAGGCCUUCGUCCCUGUUCGGUUGUGAGACGUGACUUGAGAUGCCACAUGCCAGCAUCCCCACUCCCUGACUGGGGCUUGGAAUAGGUUCUUUUUCUCAGGCUCUUGUGUCAAGUCACUGGGAUGGGGAUAAAAACCAAAGGCAGGUAUUUAUUGAACUUUUGUGUUUUGAUGUGAUCGAUGGAGAUCUUUGUGCUUUCCCUCUUUAGCUGGAGGGAAGCUCUUCUCUGUUCCUGUCGAGGAGUGGAUUCUUGCCAGUUUACAGAGGAUACCCCCAUCUCCUUAUUCUACAAGUUUGUGUCUCCACGCCCUACCCACCCUAUUAGCCCCUUGAGGCAUCCUCUGCCUUCAACUUGAGGCAGAGGCUAUUUUGGAGGUUGUUCAAAAGAUGGUCCUGUCUCCUCUGUGGGUGGAUUGCUGCAGGAGAAAGUCCCUAGAGGAAACUGAGGCUACAGAGGGAAGAAAAUCAGGCCCCGGAAGGAGUAGAUCCAGAGUCCCCACCAGACAGUUUUUCUAAAUUUCUUGGCUAAUUUAAAGUUUUAGAUCAGGGAUUGGCAGACUAGAGUCAUAUGCCCAUUUUCUUAUUGCCCAUGAGGUAAGAAUGAUUUUUACAUUUUUUAAAUGGUUAGGAAAAAAUAAUAUUUUGUGAGAGAUGAAAAUUCUAUGAAAUUCACAUUUCAGUGUCCAUAAGUAAAGUUGUGUUGGGAUGCAGCCGUGCCUAGCCACUUGAGUUUUACGGUUGCUUUCAUGCUCCAGCAGCAGAACUGAGCACAGUUGACCCUUGAACAGUGCAGGGCUUACAGGCACCAACCCCCUACAUAGCCAAAAAUCUGCGUGUAAUUUUUGACUCCCCAAACUUAACUACCAGUAGCCUACUGUUGACUGGAAGCCUUACUGGUAACAUCAACAGUGGAUUAACAUGUUUUGUAGGUUAUGUCACAUAUAUAGUAUUCUAUCAAGUACACCUGAGAAAAGAAAAUGUUGAGAAAAUCACAAAAUACGUUUAGAGCACAAUUCACACUGUAUGAAUACCAUACAUUUAUAUGUCUCCUGGAAAAAAGUCUGUGCAGAAGAGGACCUGCAGGGUUCAAGCCCACGUUACCUAAGAGUCAGCUGUACGGUCCUGCUAGAACGCUGCUUAUUUGCUUUUGAAAACGUGAAUUCGUUCCAACCCAGUUAAUGCAUUUGGGAAGAAGUUGAUCACAAGUUUCCCGUUUACAUGCAGUUUUCUCUAAGAAACACUAGGUGGGAACUGCCCAGCGGAGGCCAGCCAGGCGACACCACCUGCACGUGCCUCCGACAAGUACCCAGAGCAGCCUCUGCUCACCUUGCAUGGAGAGCCACACCCACACCUGGUGGCUUCGCUCCCCUUCCACAGCCUUCUGACCUCUGCUUCCACAUACUUCAGGUCUUUUCCAAGAUAAAAGGGCUGUGUCCUAGUACAGGUUUCUUAACCUUUCAAACUGAAAACUGGGUUAUCCACUUUAUUUCCUUUAAGAAAUGUGUCACUCAUUAAGUUUUUUUGAGUAUUGUGCCUCAAGCCCGGUUUCCCAUGAGCCCUGUGGUUUUUAUUGUGCAAUUUUGCAUGGUGCAGUGAAUUUUAGGAAUGCGUACAUCCCAUUGUAAAGCAGAGCUGACUAUAUCUGGGGCAGAAACCAAAUGACCCACAAAGCCUGAAAUAUUUACUUCCUGGCCCCUUACAGAAAUGGCUUGUGGUAAUCUCUGCAUGAUGACCCUUGACUUCUGCCCUGCUUCCCUCAUGCAGCCCAGAAACGGCUUUUCCCCAUAGCACCAUCCAAUCCAAGAAGCCAAAGCCAGGCUUAUUCCAGAAUCUUUAUUAAGGUAGCAUGAUGGUCCUGGGCCACCAGCCUGGACCUUGUGGCCGUAGGAAAGACCUGUGUCAACAGGGCUCGCCUCCCUCUCCAGACAGGGGCUCAGUCACCUCCAGUUUAUCCCUACUCCAUCCCCCACCCCCAGAGAAUGGGGCAGAGGGCCAGAGGGAGAGGAGGGCAUGGCCCUACCCCAGGCUGUAGCAGCUCCUUGGCCACAAAGAUCCUCCAGCCAGUAGCAGAGGGGAGGGAUGCAGCAACCACCAGGGUUACCACCGCGUGUGGGGUCAGUGGGCCCCACCACACCCUCUUUCAGUUGUCCUCAAAGCAAUUAAUAAAUUAAAACAACUUCUUCCUUCA